GUUUAGAAUCUUAUUCCUUAUUUUGCGUAAUAUAUUCUGCUUGAUGGGAACGCUGCACCUUACGUGAAGUGCAUCGUUAAGGCUGACAUCUUUGGCUGACUUAGGAGACCCCUCCUCGCGAAGCAAAGAGGCACCUUUGAAAGAGGCCGGCCAGAAUGGGGGUCAGGCCCAGGGCGGGACAUGGUCUCCUGUCCUCCCCCUCGAGGGCGGCCCUGAACAGCCUCGGUUUCCCUGCUGCGGACUGGGCUCAAAAUAGGCCGCGGAGAGGCCCCCGUGUGUGCCGGCAUCCUGUCCUCCCUCUGCUGUCACUCCCAGUUGACUUCCUCAGGAAAACCCAAGGAGGAAAUAGGAGGGCGAGAAGGCCCGCGCUGGAGGGGGACCACCAGAGUGCUGCAGACGGCUGCCGCCUGGGCCAAGAGUCCUCCUCCUCCUCGCCGGGGCCCUGCCAGGAGCCAUGGAGGCCUUGCUGCCGCUGCCGCUGCUCGCUGGCCUGCUGCUCUGGGGGGCAGCUGGGAGCGGCACUGAGCUGGACCCCAACGGGAGACACGUCUGCAGGUCCGACAGUCAGCCCCACGUCCUCACCUGCUGCCCGGGAUGGAAGCAAGCGGGCCCGGAGUGCCCCACGGCACUGUGUGUCGGCUUGGAUGCCUGCCGAGAAGACGAGGUGUGCGUGAGGCCAGGGAUUUGUCGUUGCCGGCCUGGUUUCUUCGGAGCCAAUUGUAUCACACAGACCGGAAUAAAGGUGAUUCCGAUGCUGAUUCCGCUGCCGAUUCCGAUUCUUCCAGCUUGCCCUGGCCAGUACUGGGGUCCCGACUGCAAAGAGAGUUGCCCUUGCUUCCCCAACGGAACCUGCGACCCGGCCAGCGGGCAGUGCACCUGUCGGCCGGACCACUGGGGGCCCCGCUGCCAGUUCAAGUGCCGCUGCGGCCCCAACGGCCGCUGCGACCCGCUCGCGGGCCUCUGCCGCUGCAAGCCCGGCUGGUGGUCGGGGGACUGCCGGCGGCUGUGCCAGUGCAACCCGUCGGGCUCCCGCUGCGACUCCGGGACGGGCCGCUGCCUCUGCCACCCGGGCUGGUGGGGCCCCCGGUGCUCUGCCCUCUGCCGCUGCAACGGCUCGCCCUGCGCCCCGGCGACCGGCCAGUGCGAGUGCCGGGCUGGGCUCUGGGGGCCCGGCUGCCAGCACCCGUGCUCGUGCCUGCACGGAGCCUGCAGCCCCCACGAUGGACGCUGCUCCUGUGACGACGGCUAUCGGGGCCCGGGCUGCGCGGAGCCCUGCCCCGCCGGGACGUACGGGCGCCAGUGCGGGGAGAGGUGUGGCCACUGCACGCACCCAGAGGCCUGCUCUCCGGCGGACGGCGUCUGCCCUGCCUGCCACUCUGGCUGGAUCGGAACUCAGUGCAAGCGGCCCUGCCCAGCCGGGCGCCACGGGGAGAACUGCACCCGGGCCUGCCCCCACUGCCUGCGAGGGGAGCCUUGCCACCCGGAGACCGGGGCGUGCCGGGACUGUGAGCCGGGCCGCCGGGGUGCCAGCUGCGAGGAGCCCUGCCCAGCGGGAUUCUUUGGGGCCGCCUGCCGGGCCGCCUGUCCCGCGUGUUCCCACGGGAGCUGCCAUCCAGUGACGGGGCAGUGCCUGUGCCAGGCCGGCUACUGGGGGACCAGCUGUAACCAGACCUGCCCGGAAGGCUUGCGUGGCCCCAACUGCUCGGAGCCCUGCCUGUGUGGGGAGGGGGGCUGCCCCCCGUCCUCUGGGGGCUGCGCUUUCGCAGGGAUGAAUCGGGAGGUGCUCCUGGCCGGGAUCCUGACCCCGCUGCUGCUCCUUCUGCUAUGCAUUUGUUGUUGCUACUGCUGCUGCAGGUCGGCUCCAGCGGACGCCAAUGAGAGGGCAGCAGCUGCUAAUCCAAUCUCCCGAAUGAAGCACCACGUGUUGGGGACCCUGGCCAACGUCAGCAACGCCUUGCCCUGCUUCUCUCUGGGGGCAUACAAACUUCCACGUGUGACAGUCUCCCACCAUGAUGCAGAGAUCCCCUUCAAUCCCAGCUUCAUCGAGCCGCCCUCCGCCGCCUGGCCUUUGGACAGCUCCUUCUCUUCCUCCUUUGACACCCCGGAAGAAACCGAAGACAAGGACGGCCCGGUCUACCAACUCCCUGCCAGUGAAGCCCCAGAGGCCGAGCUGCAAGGGGGGCCGGCCCCGAACCUGCCGACGGAGCCUUUCGCCAUCCCUCGCACUUCCAGCCUGGCCAAGGCCAAGAGGCCCUCCGUCUCCUUUGCCGAGGGGACCCGCUUCGGCCCCCAGAGCCCCCGAGGCUCCACCGAGGCCCUCUGGAAGCCCAAGGCCGGCUCCGGCGGUCCGCUCCGAGUCGCCGGCUCGGGACGGGAGCCGCCGCAGGCCGACGCUGCAGGGAGCCUGUACGAGAACGUGGAGGCGGCUUGCAGGGAGGAAGAGGCUGCGGCCGAGGGCCCCCGGGUCCCCCCCCCGAGCACCCCCGGAGGCCGCCGGAAGCAGAUCUCCGGCUCCUGGCACGUGGCUCAGCGCGUGGAGGCUCUCGAGGCGGCGGCGGCGGCGGCGGCGGCGAGAGCCCAGGGAGGAGGCCGAGAGCCGGGCAUCUCCACCAUCUACGUGACGGUGGGCCAAGCGGGCGGGGGCAGCCAAGGCCCCAGGCAGGGCAGCCUGCCACGGGCCAGGCCGCCCCCCAGGAAGGAGCCCCGGCUCCGGAGAAGCCUCGAAGGCCUCCCGAAGCUGCCCUGGAGGAAGCUGGAGAAGAACAGCCGGAGACUGCGGAGCCAGGGCGAGAUCGGCCCGGAGGCCACUGGGCUGGGACUGGAACUCGAACUCGCCACCGCCGCCGGGGCCAAGGGCCGGGGGCUUCUGGGAGGGCAGCCCGGGGAGAGCCCGAGCCUGGCGGCUUCCCAGAGGCAGGCGGAGUCGUCGGCGCUCCAAGGGGGCUCCUCGGAGAAGGCGGCCCAGGGAGAGGAGCCCCAAUAUGAGAAUGUCUCCGCCACGGCCUAGGCCCCCCUCCCACCCCGGCUGGCCAAUCCGGCCCCAGAGAGAGCCUUCCGGCCACAAGCCCAGGGGGCCAGAGGGGAUUCUGCACGGCACGAUGGACCGUUUGCCCCGGAGGAGCCUUGGCGCCCUUCUCCCCAUUCGGCCCCCCGGCGAGAUCUCCUCGGCAGCAAGAGCCAGGGCUGUGGCGUGGGCUUGGAGACACCCGGCCGGGGCCGCUUUGGAUUGGGCCCGGACUGCGGGGAGGACUCCCUCCCUAGGGGCAGCCCCCAGGAUUACAGCCCCCUCGGUGGGGGGGAACUCGGCACGUGCUCAGAGGCAUGUUCUUCGACCUUGAGGCAGCUGAGACUCGCCCUGGGUGCUUCGUCAAUAAAACGGGGCUGGUGUUCGGCCUGCUGAAGGAGUCGCCCUCGCACCUUCUUUCAACCACGUCCGACCUCAAGAGUUGCCGUGUCGCCUCCGUCCUUUUGUCUCUGGCAGCAUCUCUUGCUUUGGGGGUGACUUCUGCUGGCGUUCCUUGCUUCGGAAGCCGCUGCCUUCUACCGAGUCAGACCUCUGGUCCGUCUAGCUCAGGAUUGUCUGCUCUGACUGGCAGCGUCUCUCCAGGGUUUCAGGUGGGAGUCUUUCCCAGCCCCACUUGGAGAUGCUGCCAGGGAUUGAACCUGGGAUUUAUUUAUUUUUUGCAUUUACCUGGGACACAUCAGAAGCCCUUGGUCCACCCAGCUCAGGGUUGUCGGCUCUGACUGGCAGCAGCUUACCAAGGUUUCAGGCAGGAGUCUUUCCCAGUCCUACCUGGAAAUGCUGCCAGGGUUAGGGUUAGGGUCCUUCUCUGUACAAAGCAGAUGCUCUACCUCGGAGUUAAGGCUCCAUCUCUAAAUAAAUACAAUUCGACUUUU